AUGAUGGAGGAAAUGACAUAUUAUUAUGGCAAAUUCGACCUCUUGCCAACUGUCUACUUUGGUAUGUUAACAGCACUCUUUUUACCAUCAAUCACGUUGGGCUUCCUAUCCUCUUUCACCCCAAGGACUGCAACUUCUCUAGGCUCGCCACCUCCUCUUCCUCGGAGACCAUCAUAUCCUCGAGGCUCACUACAUCCUCCACCUUGGGGACCAUCACCUCUUCUAGGCUCGCCACCUCCUUCAAACGAUAGCUCAAAUAUGCGAUGUGAAAGUGGUAUACUCUUAGUCAAUGUCAAAGUAAAAGGUGACAGGCAAAUGGAAUUUAUACGAGAAUGUAAGACUGGAUUAAGCUCAGGCAACUACUACUACUCCCCACCACCGCCACCUUAUUCGCCUCCUGGUGGCACCACUGGAUAUUUCUACCCUCCACCUUACAAAAGCUACCCUUCAGGUCCUACACCACCGCCUCCAAAUCCAAUUGUGCCCUACUUUCCUUACUACUACCAUUCUCCACCGCUACCUUCAUCUUCUCCGCUGCUAAAACAUUCAUUUUCUUUCUUAAUCACUGUCUUUCUUGAUAGCAGGAAAAUUGAAGAAAAUGAGAAUAAAUUGUCAGAUUCACAGAAUCCUUCUCCACCAAAUUCAGGGGGUGAGUGA